AUGAGCGGGGUGCUGUCAGGGGUAACCACAUCUGUCAACCGCUCCUGGCCAAUAAAGAGCGGAGCGAGGCGGACCACAGGUGCGCGCCUCUGCGUCCCCUUGGCACAGCGCCCGGGAGAUGCUGGAGAGAGACGCCGAGCUGCCCCGUGGCGCAAAAGAGUUCCUGUCAAAGGCAGCCUCCUCCUUUUAACUCCGGCGAUCACUCCGGCUCCGAGACUUAUGGCGACCGCAACGUCCAACCACUACAGCGUGCUCACCACCCCCAGCAGCGCGCCGCCGCCGCACUCGGAGUCCGGGAGCAUGCAGCAGGCGGCCGCGUACAGGGACGCGCACAGCCUGCUCCAGAACGACUACAGCACGCUGCCGGGCGGGGGGCUUCCGCUCAGCCACGCGCACCAGUGGAUCGCGGCGCUGUCUCACGGGGACAGCGGGACCCCCUGGCCGGCCAGUCCCCUCGGAGAGCAGGACGUGAAGCCCGUGCUGCACGACAGCGACCGCGAGGAGCUGCAGAACUCCAGCAGUCUGCAGCAGCAGCAGCAACAGCGACACCCUCACCUCGCGCACCAGCAGGCGCAUCACGACGCCAGAGCAUGGCGAACCAGCACGACCACCACACACAUCCCCGGGAUGGCGACGUCUGAGGGCCAGAGCCUGGUGUAUUCCCAGUCCGGCUUCGGCCUGAUGCCGGGGGGAGAGCAAGGGGGGAUGCAUCACCACCCCCUCCGGGAUGAGGACCACCACAGCCUCAGUCCGCAUCUCAGCGACCACGGAGGCGGCCCCGGGGCCCACCAGCAGUCUCUCUCGCACCAUCACCAGCACGGGGGCCACCAGGACCAUUCGGACGAAGACACGCCGACCUCCGACGAGUUGGAGCAGUUCGCCAAGCAGUUCAAGCAGCGGCGCAUCAAGCUGGGCUUCACCCAGGCGGACGUGGGACUGGCUCUGGGGACGCUGUAUGGAAACGUCUUCUCUCAGACCACCAUUUGCAGGUUCGAGGCGCUCCAGCUCAGCUUCAAAAACAUGUGCAAACUCAAGCCCUUGUUGAACAAGUGGCUGGAGGAGGCGGACUCCACGUCGGGCAGCCCCACCAGCCUGGAUAAAAUCGCGGCGCAGGGGAGGAAAAGGAAAAAGAGGACCUCCAUCGAGGUGGGCGUCAAGGGGGCUCUGGAGAGCCAUUUUCUCAAAUGUCCAAAACCCGGAGCGGCGGAGAUCACCUCCCUGGCGGAGAGUCUGCAGCUGGAGAAGGAGGUGGUGAGGGUUUGGUUCUGUAACCGGCGGCAGAAGGAGAAGAGGAUGACCCCCAUUGGGGGACAGAUACCGGGAGGAGAGGACAUGUACGGGGACAGCCCUCCUCACCACGGAGCACAGACUCCUGUGCAGUGA